AUUUAUUUAACUGCUUCGUAGUCCCUGGCGGUGGAUGGACUUGCAAGCCACAGAACCAAUGACACUAGGAUCCCCAACUUCCCCUAAGCCGGGACCGGGGGCCCAGUUUUUACCUGGGUUCCUGAUGGGGGACCUUCCAGCACCAGCUACACCACAGCCUCGGUCCUUUGGGUUGAGUGGCGGCGGGGCGGAAAUGAGAUCUCCUCUCAUCGCAGGUGGAUCGCCCCCCCAGCCUGUAGUGCCAACUCCUAAAGACAAGAGCGGAGCUCCCCCAGUGAGAAGUAUCUAUGAUGAUCUUGCUGGUCCAGGGGUUGGCAUGUCUCCUUUAAGCUCAAAGAAACAACUGUUUUCAGUAACACAGACGCCGUUAGGUGGAGUGCCGGUAACCCCUGCGACAGCUUCCAGUCUGUUCAGUCCAUCUAGUAUGGGCCAGCAGAGGAAGUCAACCCUGUCGUCCACCCUGUCGCCGGCCCAGGUCGAUCCAUUUUUCACACAAGGAGAUUCACUGUCAUCUGAAGAUCAACUCGAUGAAACCUGGGUCACAGUUUUUGGCUUCCCCCCUGCGUCUGCGUCAUACAUUCUCUUGCAGUUUGCACAGUAUGGAAACAUUUUAAAACAUGUCAUGUCUAAUACAGGCAACUGGAUGCAUAUUCAAUAUCAAUCCAAACUCCAGGCACGAAAAGCUCUGAGCAAAGAUGGGAAGAUUUUUGGAGAUGUUAUUAUGAUUGGUGUCAAAGCGUGCAUCGAUAAGAGUGUCAUGGACAGCUCCGAUAAAGCUGCCUCCUCUAGUGUGGUGUUCACCCCUCCACUGAAGGUCACCGGCACUCCCAGCCAGCCUGUGUCUACACCUCGCUCUGCAAUGAGACCCCUCAGUGCAGCCUACAAGGCCUCCAGCAGUGACUACCAGGUUGUCUCAGACCGACAGACCCCAAAGAAAGAUGACAGUUUUGUAUCAAAAGCAAUGGAGUACAUGUUUGGCUGGUAAAACCCUUUACCACCAAAGUUAGUUUGGAAGAGACUGAACCACAGACAACAGCAUCAGUCUCCUACACCGCUCAGACCCAGGAAGCCUGGUCAUCGUCCUGUCUCUGAAUACAGCUAUUGGGUAAACAGUAAGCACUUGACUGGGUGGUGUAUCGCUCCAUAGCCACCAGUUGGCUCUUUAACAAUGCCACAGACUGCUUCCCCUUUCUGCCAGUCGUUACCCUCUGGUGUCUUGUCCUCUGAGGUUCAGAGUGAAUGUACUCUGUAACAUCACAGCCAACACUACCUGCCAGUAUCCCCCAGUUACUGACUUUACAUGCCUGCUGUCUACUGAGGGAUACGCAGCGGACAGUCCUGAUGCACAGUGUGAGAAUCAGGACUCAGAUAGUCAGAUAAUCAUAUGAUGUUUUACAACUGAUCGUUACUGUCAGAAAUGUGAUGAAAAAUCCAUUCUCCAGGGCCACAUCUCCUGCAUACAACAUGUUACAUACUCCCACAUAUUAACACAGACCAAACCCCACAAAGGUCUGAUGAUAGAAAUUAGCCAUUACUGGGGACGAGGAGAGAGUUACUGGGCCAAAUCCAGUGAAGGAAAUAAGACCUGCAGCUAAUACAGCCCCUGAGAACCAGUACUGCAGCUGUGUCCUCGAUUCUAAUGAUCUGAUCUGCUCUUAAGUAUCUACACUGGUGAUUGAUUAGGUGAAUAAUCAGGUUGUCCAGAAUAAAAAAGUAUUGUUGGACUGAUUUGCCUCAAAUAAGCAAAAAGAGGAUUUUAAAAUGUCCUACUUGAUUUCUGUGCAUUAUGAGUUGUCUUUUUUGAGUGGUUUUCUGAGAGACUGUGAUUCAGCACGACUGUUCUUUAUUUCUGUAUGUUGAAAUGC